UUUGAGUGUAGACGCUGACCGAUGUGGGCCAACAGUAGAACUCACCAUCCUUGCUACAGCGCCAGCUUUGACUUCAUGGACAUGAUACGAAAUUCUCUGUCCUAUACACAGCUGCCGCAAAGUGAUGGUGAUGUCAUGGAAGAAUUCCGAAGAAAUGGAAGAGAGGUUCCUAUUGAUGAUUCACCUAUGCAAUGGGAGUCUAAUUUUAAUCUGUUGUAUGCACAUAGUAGACACAUUGAAACACAAUAUUGUUUGCAGAAAGAUUGUUCACCAAGCAUAUAUGCAAAGAAAGGCAUAUGGUGUGCAUUUUGUAGGAAUAAUGGUGAAUCUGAUAAGAUUUUUAGAAGCCAUCAGCUGAAGGAUAACUAUGGUAAAACAGUUUGUCCCAUUCUUCAAAAGUAUGUAUGUCCACUUUGUAAAGCAACCGGUCCUGAGGCUCAUACAGUGAAGUACUGUCCAAAAAACCCCAAUCCUCUUCCUGUGGCACUCAUGAAUGUCUUGAAAGCACAAAGGUCAGAAACAAGCAAAGCUCGUGUAAAGAGAAAUCGAUACUAGUCACUCGAUGUUUACUGUAUUGUUUUAUUUUUUAU